GCGGGGCGGCGGGACGGAGGUUCCCAUAGCAACCGCGGGCCGGCGCCGCCAUGUCCUUCAAGCGGGAAGGCGACGACCCCGCGCAGCUCGGGGUGCUGCAGAAGCGGCGCGUCGCAGACCUGUUGGCCAACUACAUCCCCGAGGAGGAGGCCCUGCUGCUGAGGAGCGGGAGGUAUGCCUGCAUGGUGUGCGCCCACCGCCCCGUCUUCGACACGCUGGACGUGCUCACCGUCCACAGGGCUGGCAAGAAGCACAUGAGCAGUCUGCAGCGCUUCUAUGGUAGGAAGUGCUCGCUCCAGGGCACGGCGCAGGAGCUGGAGCACAAGGAAGAGGUGCGGGCAGAGGUGGGUGCACGCAGAGGGCUCCCCGGCCCCGCUGCUGGCACGGACAAGGAGGAUCGCCCAGAGCGCUCUGCUGAAAGCAGCUCCCUACAGCAGCUGCUGCCGGAGGCCGGGGCUGGAGGGAAGCAGCUCACGAGCUGGUGUCACCCGGAUGGGGCCAAGUGCUGCGCCGAUGCUGCCAGAGCCAGCGCGGAAGGAGGAGGAAGCUGUUGUCGCCAGCACUGCAGCCGUGCUGCCGGGGCAUCGUGGUGGGCAAGCGGACUCACCGGAGGUGACACCAGCCCCGACGCAGCAAAGCCGCAAAAGAAAAGCCUCCUCAUCGGCCCUGGGGCAGCCCAAAGCCCUCAGCCCCGCGAGGCGCCAGGCCCUGGAGCAGUACCUGAGGCUGCGGAGCGCCGGCUGGAUCCGGGACCGCGCCGGCAAGUGGGUGAAGGAUGAGAACGCCGAGUUCGACUCUGACGAGGAGGAGCCGCCCCUCGCGCUGCUGCCGGCCUGAGCCCCCCCUGCCCCAGCGCUCCCCACGGGCACGGGCCCCCCGCGCUGCCCCUCGCCAUCGGAGAGGACAGAGGUGGCGGAGCCGCUGCGGCGGCUCCUGGGCACGGGUAGUGUGGGGAGUCCAAGUGCUUUGCUCUCAUGGGGUGCUCAACCCGGUGCCUUUUCAGGGUGCCCCCACCCUGGCCGGAGCCCCGCAGGCGCUGCCAACCUAGAUGUGGGGUUUGGCCUGUCCCUGACCCGUGUCACGCUCAUUUUCUCACAUGCUGGCAGCUGCCUGUGGGUCAUGGCCUUUCGGGGUGGCAGCGCUGGGUUCACCCCCCUCCCCAGCCCCAGCAGCUGUCCCAGUGCUUCGGGAAGUGCCAGCACACGCUGCCCUCCCCCUACCUCAGUGCCCUCCCCCUUUCCUGCCAGGUUUUGGGUGUCUGCUCGUGCUCCCACAUCAGGGUGCACCAUUGGGACUGUCCUUCACGGGGCUGUGCUCUGAGCUGGCGUCCACAUCCCUGGCACAGCACCCACCCCCCCCCCCCCAAUGGUCUCUGCGGGUGCUGGGGGCGGGUCCUGUCCCUGGGGGUUUCCCUGGCACCGCUGCCCAGGGUGAUGUUAGCCCUGGGCACCGGGAUGUACCCGCUCGCUCAGCUCGUGUCUAUAAAAAUAGGUGGUGGAACCUA